AUGCCACCACUCGUCUGUGCUCGCUCGCACACAUCUGCACCUGCUGCUUCUCGCUGCCCUCUUCCUCCAAGGCUCGUGGUUUCAUUGCUACCUUGUCUGUUAGCAACUCAAGUACUCCUCACGCCUCGACUCUGCGCCUCGAGAAUCAGACAAACACGGCUAUUUCACUCCAGUGGCACAGCACUUCAGGAAGCCUCGCAUGCUGCUAUAGAGACAAAAGACGAUGAGGACGAUUUGCAGGAUGCCCUUCGGCGGAAACGAAAGACGGAGUGGAAGCGAAGACAAGGGGGUCAAACCUUCCUCGACAAUCCCACAAUCAACGUUCGAGGAGGCAAUGGAGGUGACGGAUGUGUUGCUUUCCACCGAGAAAAAUGGAAACCCAUGGGGCCUCCUUCAGGUGGUAGUGGUGGACGUGGAGGCGGCGUCUACAUUCUCCCUACACCUAACCUCACAUCUCUUUCCUCUACCCAAAACGUGUACGGGGCGGCGCAGGCGGAAAUGGCCAAGGGACAUGGCAGAAUGGCAAAAACGCACCACCGACGAUCAUAAAAGUCCCUCUGGGCACAGUGAUACGUGAGCUUCUUCCAGGUGAUUCACGACGUGCCAAGGACGAAUGGGAAGCAGAGGAGGAGUCGUUGCAGGGACUCAAUCCAGAGGAACG